AUGAGCUCCAGCAUCCCUCCUUGGCGUGCAACUGCUUCAGUACCUUCCUCGCCAUCCGUUGCUUUCCCAGUUUCUGGUAAGCCUGAGAAAAAGAUCCGCCACCCUAAAGAUUGGCAGGGCGCUAACCGCGGCACAGCAACCCCUGCCUACAUCCCAGUACAAGCACGCCGUAGUCUCAACCAUAACAAGCCCACCUAUUCAGUCCCAAACGUUACACCUGUGACCAACAUGUCAACAACAACCACAGCUCCUCCACGAGUGGAGUUCUCUGCCGCUGUUCGCACUUAUGUGCAGCGAUGCUUUGCCCCCGAGAACCAGAUCGCAAGUGUGGGCAAUGCUGAGAUGCAGGAGAAACUGCGGCAAGUCAUCACCGAUGCGGCAGAAAAGGAUCGACUCAACGCGAUCGACUGGGAAAAGCUGCAACUACCACAGCGUCUCGAGCUGGGCCACAUCCAGCCGGCCAUCUUCCCCGGAGAUGCCUCACGCAAGCGAAAAUCGACCGAUAAUUUUGAGCAGCCCGAGCCCGAAUCCCCGCCGUGGCGGAAAACUAACAAUCGCAACCGUUUUGAAGACCGAGUCACUUACCCAUCCACAGAGAAAAAAGCACGCAUGACGCUGGACGAGUCUAGUAAGUCCAAAGCUAAUUUGGAGAUGAGGAGGAGACGUUUUGAGGGUGCUGGCGCCAGCUACGGCAACUCGGCGACCUCCUCCCCAGUCGAUUCCCCUAGAGCCGCAGUGGAUCAAGGACCUGUUGUGGGAAGAUGCCAGACCCUGGAAAAGAACUAUUUCCGAUUGACUUCUGCUCCGAACCCGGAUACCGUCCGUCCCUUGCCUGUGCUUGAAAAGACCCUCAACCUUUUGAAGAAGAAGUGGAAGAGUGAGGGCAACUAUGGAUACAUUUGUGAUCAAUUUAAGUCCCUGCGUCAGGAUCUGACGGUCCAACAUAUUCGGAACGAAUUCACUGUGGACGUCUAUGAGAUUCAUGCCCGUAUCGCCUUGGAGAAAGGGGAUCUUGGUGAGUACAACCAGUGCCAAACCCAACUACGUGUGUUAUACGCGCAGAAUUUGGGUGGACACCCGACGGAAUUCAAGGCCUAUCGUAUUCUCUAUUUCAUUUACACCCGCAACUGGACGGCUAUGAACGACGCGCUGGCCGAUGUGACUGCUGAAGAUAAGAAAGAUCCCGCUGUCAAGCACGCUCUUGCUCUCCGCUCUGCCCUUGCGCUUGGAAACUAUCAUCGUUUCUUUUCACUCUAUCUCGACUCACCCAAUAUGGGUGCUUAUCUUAUGGAUAUGUUUGUCGAUCGCGAGCGGUUGAGUGCCCUCGCAGCCAUCUGUAGAGCAUACAAACCCGAUGUGGAAAUCCGAUUCAUUACCGAAGAGUUGGGCUUCGAGUCCGAUGAGCAGGCCGCACGUUUCGUCCUAGACUACCAGGGCUCCGAGCUUCUCCAAGAGAGAAACGGGGUCGUAAGGCUGUUGACCGGCAAAGCGGGCGCUCUGUUUGAGCAGGCCAAAGCAGAAGCCCACCGCGUCGUCGAUAUCAAGGGUCAAAUCUGA